AUGGGAGAACGAUCCCUUCUCGACGAAGAACGAGCUCUCCUCGCAGCUACUGUCAGAUCCGCGGGGAAUUCCAAAAGCUUGGCUCGAGGAAGAGAGAUCCACUGCCAGAUCCUCGCCUCCCCGCACGCCCACAGCAGAUUUCUCAGCAAUCUCCUCAUCGAGAUGUAUGGGAAAUGCGGCAGCGUCGAGGACGCCGAGGCCGUCUACGAGCGAAUUCGCGAGCCCAAUCUCUUCACCAACAACAUCCUGAUCGCGUGCUACGCCAGGAACGGGCAAUUCCACCGCGCGGAGUCUCUCUUCGAUCGGAUGCCCCAGAAAGAUUCCGUGUCGUGGACAGCGAUGAUCACGGCCUAUUCCAACGCAGCAAAGAUCGACCUCGCGAAAAAUCUCUUUGAUCGCAUCCCAGUCCCCAGCCCAGAGUCAUGGAACGCCCUCGCCUCAGCAUAUACUCAAAAUGGGCAAUUUGAUAGAGCGCUCGAUCUUCUCAACAAAAUGCCCAAUAAAGAUUUAGUGUCAUGGAAUUCUAUCAUAACAGAGAGGGGAGACCUCAAUCGUGCUAAAACUCUUUUCGAUUCAAUGCCCAAGAGCGAUGAUCUCACUGCCUGGAACUCAAUGCUCGCCGGCUAUGCCGCACGGGGCAAUCUCCAAGAAUCCAUCGCCCUAUUCCAGCGGAUGCCCGCGAAAGAUACCACCUCGUGGACCAAUCUUGUCCUUUCACACAUCAGUAGGGGUGAUCUCCGCGGCGCACAAACAACAUACCAGCAAAUGCCCCAAAAAUCCACACACUCAUCCACCACAAUCCUCACCGCUUUUGCCCAGCGCGGAGAUCUCACCUCCGCCGAAUACAUCUUCACCCACAUAACACCGCCGGACACGGCCGCCCGCAACGCGAUGCUCGCGGCAUAUUCGCUCAACGGUCACCUGGAAGAUGCCCGGCGAAUAUUCGACGCCAUGCCCGACCGGGACGCUAUCUCCUGGACCUCGCUCAUCUCCGCCUACGCGGCGCGCUCGGAGGCGCUGGUGCUCUUCGCGAGGAUGGAUCUGGAGGGCGCCGCGAUCGAUCGAGUCGCGCUCGUUGCCAUCGCCGACGCCUGCGCGGACCUCUCACGGGGGAGGAUGAUCCACUCGGAGAUCCGUGCCAUGGGCUUCCACCGCGACCGCCGGGUGGGCACCGCGCUGAUCACGAUGUACUCUCGGUCCGGCAGCUUGGAGGAGGCGGCGUUGAUCUUCGAGGAUUUGCCCGAGAGAGACGCCCAGUGCUGGAACUCGAUGAUGGCGGCGUAUGCCCAGCUCGGGCAUAUCAUCCAGGCCGUCCGUCUCGCCCAACUCAUGUGCCUCGACGGUGUGAGAUGGGACGGAGUGACGCUGCUGUGCCUCCUCUCGAGCUGCAGCCAUGGAGGAGCCUUCCAGAUCGGGUACGAGCUCUUCCGCUCGGCAAGCACGGAUUUUUCCGUCGCGAGGGGCGCGGAUCACUACGGCUGCAUGGUCGAUCUCCUGGGACGAGCCGGAUGGAUGGAGCAAGCCCAGGAGCUGCUGGACUCGAUGCCUUUCGUGCCAGAUCUCGCGGCCUGGACGAGCUUCAUAACUUCCGGAGUAACACAUCACGGCACCAAAGUUUCCAGAUCUGGCCAAGCCAUUGUUUCGCAAAGCUGA